AUGGCGGAAUCACAGCAGGGGAUCGAAGACGCAUCCAGCAAGGCAGUUACCACCAAUGCAGAGCGGAUGUACGAUCGGAUGUGUAGCAGAGCGGAUGGUGGCAAGCGAUUGGCCAAGCGGCAGACCUACUUGCUCUCAAUGAAUGAUCUGAUAGAGGAGCAGAUCCUUGAGAUUGAGACGGAGAGGGCGCUGCACUCUGACUUGAAGCCGGAAGAGCGCGAGGUCAUGGGAGCCUUCGUGGUGUUUUGGUGCCAGAGGACUCGAGAUGCUGUUCUGGGCCAGUACGGCUGGUCACGUCUGAAGUUGCCGUUUGAGGAUCAAGGGCAGAAGUGCCUUUAUGUUGGGACGGCACUAGGAGUUGCUGUGCUUGAGGCUUUUCCUUUGAUCGUCGAGGCCACACAGGAUCCCAGCCUGCAGCUGUGGCAGAACAUGGAUGUGAAGCCGUUCAUGCGGCUGGCCAUGGGCUGUGUGAUGAGCAUCUGCCGCUUCUUGGUCUUCAAUCUCAUCUUCAUCGUUGCCUGCAUUACUAUGUCUACGCAUAUCUACUACCCCUUGUUUCUGCCAAUCGAUGCGAAGGUUUGGCUGAUUACGAACGUCUCGGAGCCCGUCGUCAGCUCCAGCGAUGAUGCUGGCAGCCCUGGUCUGACAAGCUUGAGGUUUUGUUUACUAAGAUUAUCAUUCAUCGUAUUAUCCAACUGCCGUGGACUCUGUUGCCUGGUAGGCUGUGGGCCGCAUCCGGGACUCUUGACUCGAUCACACCAUGCGAUCUCUAACUGUAGCUGCCAUUUUGGUUUUGUGCUCUCGUAUUCAGGCAACAGGUAUGUCGAAGCCUGUUCCAAACAUGCGGGUCAGCUUAUGCGUCUAGUUGACGUCUUCGCUUCUGUCGCGCUUGCAACUCAUUGUGUUUGCUACUAG